AUGUUAACUGUUCAGUUGGUUGAUGUAGAUAAUCGUCACAAUCAACAACAAAAACAAAAACAACAACGUCAACAACAUCCAAAUUUUAAUACUCACCAUAGUUACUGUAUUGGUCAUUAUCCAACUUGUUAUUACCAAUCAUAUCUUAUGCCACAAGAUCAUCAUACUUAUGAUAACAAUAAUCCAAUAACAAAAUUAACAGCUCUUACAUUCAGUACUUCAACAUGUCUUAAUAAUAAUUUUACUGAUAGUAAUAUUAUUAUUAACCAUAGUAACAAGUCAACAUUUAUAAAUUCAAAAAAAAAUUACUCAAAAUAUUGUUGUUCCUCUUCUUCUUCUUCUACAGUUAAUAUCAAUAUUUAUUCUAAUUCUAUGGUCAAACAUCAUUUGGACAAAGUUAAUGAAUUAAGACAAGAGGAAGUCAGGAGAAUAGAAAGACAACAUAAUCAAAGUGAUAAUAAAAAUGAUAAUAAUAAUAACUUACAACAAAUAAAAUCAAGUCAUGAUUAUGAAUAUGAUCCCAUUCAAACUUAUCUUGAUCCUAAUCAUUCUGAUCAAUAUCAAGAACAAAAUAUUUUAAAAACAGAAGAAUUAAUAAUUGAUGAAAAUUGUAUAGAGAAAGGUAUACUUACAAUGACAAAAUUAAUCAAAGAUAAUAAUAAUCAUGAUACAAUUAUAGAUAAUGAUCAUUCUAUACUACUAGUUAAUGAAAAUAAUUCUAUUCAACAAAAGAAUUCAAUUGACAAUAUAAAACCUUUAAUAUUAGGAAAUUUAAUUUGUUCAUCAGAUGAAAUGAAAAAUUACCAGUGUACAAAUUUCUAUUCAAAAUUAUGGGAUCCAAUUAAGAAUGAAACAGAAUGUUCAAUGAAUGUUGAUCCGUCUAUUUCAAUUACAAAUAAUUCAAUGAAUUCGAUUGAAAAUAAUCAUACUACUGAAAGUAAUGAUUAUGAAUUUUCUACUGUACAAUGUAAAAAUUUAUCCUAUGAAUUUACAAGCCCAAAUAUUCAUAAUUUAUGUAAUGUGACGGAACAACCUUGGUCAUUGUCAUCAUCAUCGUCAUCAUCAUCAUCAUCAACAACAUCAACAUCAUCAACAUCAUCAUCAUCAUCGAUAUCAGAACCAUCAGCUAUAGAAUCGUCGUCAUUAUCAUCAUCAUCAUCAUUAAUAUUAUCAGACAGAUUAGAAGAUAAACGAACAGCAUUCUCACAAUCGCUUGAAUUAAUUAAUUUACAUUGUACUUCAUGUCAUGAAUGUAUACAUGAUAAAUUAUUCUUAUGUAUGGAUAAUAAAUAUUGGCAUUUGAAUUGUUUAAGAUGUUAUAAAUGUGGUAUUACAUUACAAUGGGAGAAAACAUGUUUUGUUAAAAAUGAUAUGGUUUUCUGUCGUGAACAUUAUAAAAGACUUUCUUCUUGUUCCCGAUGUGGCAUUAAAUUAAAUAAAAAUGAUUUAAUAUUUCAAGUUAAUUAUGAUACUUUAUAUCAUGAAUCAUGUUUCACUUGUUAUAGUUGUGGUCGAUUAUUAAAAUAUGGUGAUACUUAUAUAUUAGAAAAUCAAACUAUUCAAUGUUCAUUACAUAAUCAUACUACUACUAAUAAUAGUAAUCAAUCAUUUACUAUGAAUAAAACAUUAAUAUCAACCGAUCCAAUAACUGAAGCUAAUCAAUCUUAUAAUAUUCAAUCAACUAUAUCCACAUCUCAUAAUUCAUUAAAUAUAAAUAAUAAAUUUCCUAAUUUAAUUAAUUUUUUACAAUCAAAUAAUUCAAUUAAUUUAUUUGGAGAGAAUAAUAAUUUUCAUAAAAAUGUUGAAAUAAUAAAAAAAAAUUAUUUUCCAAAUUUAUUAACAAAAUCUUCUUAUCAACAGCAAAAUGAUUUAUCGAUUAUUUAUGAUACUACUGAUAAUAAUAAUAGUAGUUCAACUAGUAAUAAUGAAAAUAAUCCGCAAAAACUUUUUCCACUUAUUCAAUUAUGUAAUACAAAUGAAAAAAUUUCAAUAGAAAAUGUAAUUAUUGAUUAUUCAGCAGAACAAUUAACUCCUUUAAUAUUAUCCAAUUCAAAUCAUAUUGAUGAUUGUCAAAAUUACUUAAUGAAACCUCAUAAUGAAAAUAUCAAUGAAUGUCUUUCUGAUUGUUCACAAAUCCCUAUUAAAAAUUUUUCAUUUCAUGAUAAAGAUUUAAAUAAAUUAAAUAAUUCACAAUUUUGUUUAAAUGAUUCAACUAUUAAUUAUAUUACUGAUGAUGUCAUUUCAAAUUCAAACUUAUCAACUACUAAUUAUAAUGAAUUAAAUGAAUCAAAAGAUAUAACAGAAAUGGAUAAUACCAGAAUUAAUUUAUUACCAAGUAUAGAAACUGUUACACAAUCAUUUAAUACUAAAUCUAAUCAUAUAAUUGAUAAUAUCAAUAAUGAUAUGAAUACAAAUUGUAUAUUGAAUACAAUCACUACUAGAACACCACUUAGUACAGUUUUAACUUCACCAUUAUAUUCAUUUUGUUCUCAAUCAUCAUCAUCAUCGUCGUCCUCAUCGUCCUCCUCCUCAUCUUCUUCCUCAUCUUCUUCACCUUCAUUAUCAUCCAUAUGUAUUUCAUUAUCAACUUCACCACCAUUAUGUCCUGUUGGAAAUUUUACAAAUGUGAAUUCUACAUCAAAAAUUGGUAUAUCAACAAAUAAAGAUGUACAUAAAAAUAUAAUCACAUUAAAAGAUACUAAUCAAAAUCAUCUUAUAAAUAAAAGUGAAUUAUCAAUGUUAACUGAUUUAUGUGAAAUUUCAACGAAUAAUUAUAAUGAAAAUAUGAGUUCAAUGAAUAAACAACAAUCUUUAUUCAAUGAAACUAUAACAAAUGAAAUAAUGAAUAAAACAACUGUGAAAUCUGUUAAUUUAUUCAAAAAUACAAAAUCAGAACCAAUAAAAUCGAUCAAAUCAAUAAAAUUUAUAAGAAAAUCAGAAAAUGAACGUUUAUUAUCUAAUGAAAAACUACAUAGACGAAUAGAUAAAAAUAAUGGAAAAAUUAAACGAAUACGUACAUCAUUUAAACAUCAACAAUUAAGAAUAAUGAAAUCUUAUUUUGAAUUUAGUCAUAAUCCAGAUUCUAAAGAUUUAAAACAAUUAUCACAAAAAACUGGUUUAUCUAAACGUGUUUUACAAGUAUGGUUUCAAAAUGCACGCGCUAAAUUUCGUCGAAAUAUUACCAAUCAAAUUUGUUCAGAUAAAUUAAAACAAAAAGAAAUCAAUUCAAUCAAUCAAUAUAAUACAACACAAAAUGUUAAUCAAUUAAAAGAGAUAAAUUGUCAAAAUUUAUAUCCAUGUAUCACUACCUAUGAUUAUAAUGAAGAAAAAAUCGAUAAUAUUUAUACAAAAUCAAUAAAUUCCGAUUUUAAUCUUUAUGUCCAUGUUCCAACAAAUUCAAAUAAUGGAUCAUUAAUUGACAAUUUAAUACAACCAAAUGAUAUACAAUCUGAUUUAUUAUGUUCAACAAAUAAUUUAUCAUCAUAUUCUGAUAAUUUAUCUCAAUCAGUUCGAUAA